AUGUCUGAAGAAAAGCUGGUAAUUUCCUUUAUCGGCCUGGGAGCCAUGGGCUUCGGCAUGGCCACCAAUCUCAUCAAACAAGGCUACUCUGUCACAGGGUUCGACGUCUACGCCCCGACACUGGAGAGGUUCACACAAGCCGGCGGCAAAUCAGCUACAACUCCAGCGGAAGCGACCGCCGGCAAACAACACUGCGUCUGCAUGGUUGCCACAGCGCAACAAGCGCAGUCAGUCUUGCUGGACGGAGAGACCCCUGCUAUUGAUGGCCUUCCGAAGGGAUCGAUUGUCUACCUAUGCUCGACAGUCCCAUCAAGCUAUGUGCAAGGCCUCGAAAAGGAUUUUGCGAGGAGAGGAAGGCCCGACAUCUUGUUGAUUGACUGCCCAGUCUCAGGAGGCGCCAUCCGGGCUGGGAAUGGUACACUUUCCAUAAUGGCUGGAGGGUCUAACGAGGCCAUCAAAAAAGGUUCCACCAUCCUGAAUGCCAUGGCCGACCCUAAUAAGCUAUACAUUGUGCAAGGGGGCGUCGGUGCAGGAAGCAACAUGAAGAUGGUGCACCAGGUCCUCGCGGCGAACCAAAUUCUUUCAGCCAGUGAAGCUCUAGGUUUUGCGAGCCAGUUGGGUCUGGUUCUGACGGAGGUUGCACCUCAAAUUGUCAAGUCUGACGGAUGGAGCUGGAUGCUAGAAAACCGUCUGCCACGUAUUCUCGCCGAAAACCACUUGCCAGUCGCCAGCGCCUUAGGCAUCAUUGUGAAGGACACUUCUAUCAUCACAUCCGAGGCUAGACGGUUCGAGUUCCCAACUCCCCUGACCAGCGCUUCCGAGCAGGUCUACUUCUCGGGUGUCAGGAAAGGCUAUCUCUCUGACGAUGAUGCGUCGCUCAUUCGCCUCUAUACAGAGGGGAAGGAUAGUGCAAUUCCUGUGGCAGGUGUUGCAACAACGAAGGAGGACAAGUUGGCCCUUGUCAUUGGCCUGCUCAAGGGCAUUCAUAUCUGCUCUGCCGUCGAGGCGCUCACUUACGCCAACCACGUCGGACUUGAUCUUGACCAGGUCCUUGACUUGUGUAUCAAUGCUGCCGGUGGUUCCGCAGUUCUCUCUUCCGUGGGCGAGGAGGUCGUCAGUGUCCUGCGGGGCGGCCAGACAUGCCGGAACGACGUAUGGGCAGAUGCCGCCAAACAGUUGGAUGAUGCCAUAAGCGAGGCACAAAGACUCAAAGUUACGACCUUUCUUGGGAGUACAGCGCACAACCUAAUUCGACUCGCACUGCGUGCUUCGGGAAAUAAAUCAUGGGAUUUGGAUUCGAAGGCUUUGGUGUCUCUUUGGGCCUGGUGA